AUGUAUUGGGCUUAUUCCAUUUUCUUACAACAAAAGCCCAACCACGAAACCCUAAUUCCCAAAACAUUAAAACACACCAAAUCACCUCACUUCUUCAUUUUCACGGCGCACAACUUCAUCUUCCAGAUCCGAUCCACGCGCCGCCACCAUGGUUAAUGUUCCGAAGACCAAGAAGACCUACUGCAAGAACAAGGAAUGCAAGAAGCAUACACUUCACAAGGUCACCCAAUACAAGAAGGGUAAGGACAGUAUCGCCGCUCAAGGAAAGCGUCGUUACGAUCGGAAACAGUCCGGUUAUGGUGGCCAGACUAAGCCUGUCUUCCACAAGAAGGCUAAAACCACUAAGAAGAUUGUUCUGAGGUUGCAAUGCCAGAGUUGCAAACAUGUUUCUCAGCAUGCCAUUAAGAGGUGCAAGCACUUUGAGAUUGGUGGAGACAAGAAGGGAAAAGGAACAUCUCUCUUCUAGGUGGAGAAUUAGGAUUUGCUGUUUUGAUGUUAUAUUUCCUAUGUUGGAAUAUGUUUUGUUGGAUUAUUGAUUUCUGAUAGAUAUAUUUUGUUAUUUGAAAUACCUAUUUUGAUUGACUCUAGUGUAAGCAUUUUGAGAUUAUCAAGUUUUUCAAUCUGUUCUUGUUUUCA